AUGUAUGCAAAAUGUGGGAGUAUACACAAGGCACGUCAACUGUUCAACAAAAUUUCUCAAAGAAAUGCCAUUUCUUGGAAUGCUAUGAUUGCAGGAUAUGAGCAAAAUGGAAUUCUUGAGGAGGCUUUGAAUCUUUUCAAAGAAAUGCCCCAAAAUAAUAUGGUCUCAUGGAAUGUUAUGAUUGCAGGAUAUGUACAAAAUGGUAUUUUUAAUGAGGCUCUGAAUCAUUUUAAAGAAAUGCCUCAACCAGAUGGCGUGUCAUGGAAUGUGAUGGUUGCAGGCUAUGUUCAAAAUGGAUUUAUUGAAUAUGGCUUGGAGGAAUUUAAGAAAAUGCAAUUUGCAGCAACUAUUUUAGGAUAUGCACAAAAUGGCCUUGUUGAAGAGGGCUUGGAAACUUUUGAGCAAAUGCAAUUGGCAGGCAUAAAACCAAACUGCACAACUUUUGGCACCAUCCUGCCAGCAUGUUCCAAAAUGGGAGCUUUGGAACAAGGAUUUGCACAAAUGGAUUUUGCAAAUUGCAAGGAUGUUUUCAAAGUCUUUGAACUAAGGAAGCACUCUGGAAUACACUCUAACCAUGGAAUCUUUGCCUGUGUUUUAUUUGCAUGCAAUAAUGUAGGUUUACUAGAUGAGGGCUGCAAAUGCUUCAAUGGCAUGAUUGACUCUUAUUUGGAUUAG